AAGGCUCAGCCGUUAGUAACUGCCACUACAUCUGCCCCAACUGAAUUCGCUUUACAAUCAACAGGCUCUCGCCCCGAAGUGGCUGCUGCUCCAACGACGUCUACCGCUGAUGAACAAUGCAACACUAUGCAUGUGAUGCCAAUUUCGGAUGAAGAGAUUGAAAGACCACCUCGUCAUAAACUUCCUAGUGAAGAUGACGCUGUUGUAAAUAUCUUGCAUUACGAGUUCAAGGAUAGAGUUGGUCCUCCGUUUAAAUGCCAUACGUUGAACUUAUGGGUGGAUGGAUUUUGUGGUUCUGGAGAUCCAACUAGGUACAGUCUUGGCUCGUUGGGUAACAGUAGUCGACAACCGGGUGUGAUUCCAGUGAGAGGACAGAUUGGAUAA